CAGAAGGUCAAUGGGAAAGAGUGAACUCCAUCUUUGGCUGACGGACAACACGCACAUUGCUGAUAUUGGGCCGGUAUCCGGGGAAGAGGAGGACGUUGCCGCCAGCUCCCUGUUGUACAAAGUCGGUAAUAAUAAUAAGGAUGAGAAGUUGAUUGCACUGUACGAGAAGAAGAAAGAAGUUAAUAAUAAAAAAUCAUCCGGUGUGGUCUCUGUGCGCCUGACUGAGCAGCUGCAGCGGGUGAAGGAGGUGCUGGCGACGUGGAAGGAAGUGGACGAACGUGUCUCCCAGCUGUGCACCACUUUACUUGCUCAGAAGAUUACCUCAACUGACACUGCCUGCAGCGCUGAUAAGAUCGCGGAUGGGCUGGUUGGCUUUUUGUCCGGCAACUUCUCUGGGAAGACGUGGAGGGACGAGUACCUCGGGGUGGACGCCACAAUAAUGAGCGGUGCAGCAGCGGCAACAGAGACUUCGGAUAACGGCGUGAAGUUCCGGGGAGCGUGGGCGGAGUGGCCUGUUGGCAGGCAGGGGGAGAAUCAGCUGUACCACUUUGCGAACUACAAGUUCACUCUUGUGGCGACGGUGUCCAUUGACGGUGAGCCGAAGGAGGGUCCCAUUCCAGUGAUGGGUGUGCGUGCGGGCAGUAACGGAGAAAACAAACUUAUGGAGUUGUCUUACAACAAAGAGAAGAAGUGGCAGGUGCUUUGCGGUGGCAAAACGAUCAAGGAACACGGCAGCACUUGGGAGACAAAACGCCACGUGGUAAUUUUGCUGCUGAACGGCAACCAUGGCUCCGCGUACGUCGAUGGUCAGCGUGUGGGUGGGGAUACGCCAUGUGCAUUGGGAAAUACGGAUUCGAAAGAGAUCUCACACUUCUACAUUGGAGGGGAUGAAGACAAGACACGGAGCCAAGAAGGCGUGUCUGUGACGGUGACGAACGUCCUGCUGUACAACCGCCCGUUGGAUGAAGCAGUGAUUGGCGUACUCAACCCAAACAAAAUUUCUACUUCAAGGACACUGGUGGCAGGAGCAACGGGUGAAGGUACCGCUCGUCCCGAUAAAGCACAUGGUGAUGGCAGCACUGAUUGCGGAAGCGGACUGUUGCCAUCGCUGCUCCUUCUGUUGGGACUGUGGGGGUUUGCGGCUCUGUGA